CCCACGCCGGGAUCAACCGCGGCCCACCCAACCCGCGGGCCGCCCAGUCGCCAAGCGACGCCUGCAGAGCUCCGGGUGCCCGGGCCGAAGGCCAUGCCGUGCCGGAGGGAGGAGGAAGAGGAAGCCGGCGAGGAAGCGGAGGGGGAGGAAGAAGAAGAAGAGGAGGAGGAGGAGGAGGAGGGCAGCUUCCUCCUGCUGGAGCAGUCGGUGACGCUGGGCGGUUCGGGCGAGGUGGAUCGGCUGGUGGCCCAGAUCGGCGAGACGCUGCAGCUGGACGCGGCGCAGGACAGCCCGGCCUCCCCGUGCGCGCCCCCGGGGCCGCCACAGCAGCAGCCCCUGCGGCCCCCGGCGGCGGUGCGGGCGGACAAGGCCCGGGCCCCCGGCGUGCCGCUGCUGCCGCCGCCCGCGUUAGCCGAGGCGGUGGGCCCGGCUCCCCCGGGUGCUGUUCGCUGCGCCCUCGGGGACCGCGGCCGCGUGCGAGGCCGGGCUGCGCCCUACUGCGUGGCCGAGCUGGCCGCGGGCUCCAGCGCGCUGUCUCCGCUGCCCCCUCAGCCCGGCCUUGAUGUUCCGCCGGGGGCCGGCAAGCAGGGCAUCCCGCAGCCGUUGUCAGGCCCGUGCCGGCGAGGAUGGCUCCGAGGCGCCGCCUCCUCCCGCCGCCUGCAGCAACGGCGCGGUUCCCAACCCGAAACCCGCACGAGCGACGACGACCCGCACCUGCUCCUGCAGCAACUCGUGCUCUCGGGAAACCUCAUCAAGGAGGCGGUGCGGAGGCUCCAUUCGCGAAGGCUGCAGUUGCGUGCCAAGCUUCCCCCGUGCCAGCUCCCGGGGCCGCUGUCCGCCCCGGCACAGGAGCCCCGCUCACCCCGAAGCCCCCGAGCGGCCUGCAGUGACCCAGGCGCGCCGCGGAGGAGGGCGCAGCUCCGAACUGGAGACGGUGUUCUGGUCCCUGGCAGCUAACAGCCAGGGUGGCCGCAGCGCCGGCCUCCGACUGGGAGGCCACGGGGCUCUCCGAGGGCUGCAUCCCUGCUCAGACUAGUGGGGAACUCGCUCCUUUUGAUGCAGAGAAAAUAAGCUGGUGCAGACGGAGAGCGAGUGUUUCCGCGGCCCCGAUCUGCUUGCAAUUCAGGACUCGGCCGGCGCUGCGGAAGGCAGAUUCUAGAGCGUACAUCCCACGCUCGCGGUCCGCAGGACUCCCAGUUGGCGGUGACCCGCGCAGCCCACGACCACGUGGCCGCGGCCCAAGCUUCUCGGGCCCGCAGAGCACGGAACGACUGUGGAGGACCGCAGUUACUUGCUUUACCUUUCCAGGGCUGGUUCCCGAUCCGCGCGCGACCUGGGCAGUUUCAGGCAGCACCCCAACCUGCCGGACUUGAAGAUUGUACGACACUUAGCAACCCCAGCGCGUGCCUUUCCGGGUGCUGGUUCUUAACAGAAACCACGUGGCCUCGGGAAAGGACCCUCCUGGGGUUGAGUGGGAGUAGCCUUCUCCUCUGCCUUCUCUUUGCAGCUGGCUGCCUUUUCCUGAGUGCACGGGGAAGCCGGUACACCACGUACACCACGGCAGGACGGCGGCGGGGGUGUUGGAGGUGGGAGGGUGGGGUGAGACGCGCAGGGACCCUCUGUCCUCUCUCGAAUGUGCUGCGACAGCCCGUCUGCCCCUCCUCGGGUUCAAGGUCACGGAGUUGCGGGGCUCCAGCUGUGCAGAGUGGCCGCGUUCUGCGGUUGCGCAGAGAGGGGCUCGCCGUUUGGCGAGAGCCAGAGGGUCCCGAGAACGCGGGCGUGGGCACUCGGGGACGUGCCGGGACCCACCGUCCCUGGUCGCGCCCCGGGGCCUCCACGGAAACUGCCCUGGGGGUGUGGCCCCGGGUCCCUCCUCGUCCCCCCUGCUUUGCUGUCCUACUCCAGCCGGUGGCCAUGGGGAUUCCGCGGCCUGAGCAGUGGAGAGCGAGGGGGCUAGGGAGACGCCACGUGACAGGCACUCCAGGGACGCACAGCCUCGCACAGCCGCUUGAAAUGGGCUCUCGGGGCCAUUUGCAAGAACGCUGCAAUUCCCGGGGUAGACGGAGUUGGUUUCCGCCCCCUGCCCCUCCCCCCAGCCGUGCCAGCUCGCCUUUGUAAGGGAAGGAAACCGAGUAGAAAAUGUGACCCUCCAAAUGGAGACGCUGCGGGCUCUGCCAUUGUGAUCGUGGGACGUGUUGGGAGCAUGCUGCUUACUCCCGGAGGGCGCCAAGACUGUUCUGUUGUUUUAGUUUCAUAAAGCGUCAAUGGCUUGUUCAUGUCCAGAUGUGGCUAUUGACGGAUCUACACUUCGCAGCGGAGUGUCUGGAAUCGUGGCUGUCCUGAUAUAGGAUUUUAACUUAACCGAAAUACCUGCUUUGAAUAAAUGUGUUGGGUUAUUAUUUUUGGGGGGUUGGGGGUGAUGAUUUUCUAUUAUACUUGCCAUCCGUGGGGAAGAUGUACAAAACACAUUUCUCUGAUCUCCAUAAACAUGAAAACACUUGAAAUCCCUGCCAGCCUGGCUUGCAGAUGGUAAUUAGAGCGCCUUUGUG